UCGAUCGUCGCGCUGUUGGGUGCGGAUUUUGACAGCGGUGGUAGUACUCCCGUCCUCGUUCGGGUCAAUACAGGAAACUCAGACGUUCCGCUGGACAAGUGACUUGUCUGAUGUUUCGCGAAACGUUUUUGCCGUUUUGGGUGAAUCUAGUCGUCGGUUGUUGUUAAUAUAUUUGGUGCGGUCCGUACGAUCUGACAUGUGUAUAUGUAUAUAAUGAGUUGUUCUGAAGUUAUGUACCAGGCGUAUUAUCCGUACUUGUACCAAAGGGCGGGGGCGGCGCCCCCCGUAUCUGCUCAUCCGGUGCCCAGAACUGGACCCUUCAGUUCGCCCUUUACCGCAGCGCAUCAGUAUGACAGGUUCAACGUGCAACGGCUGCAGGACGCGCACACCCUCUCCUCCUCCGCGUCGUCGCAGGCGGCCGCGGCCGGUUCCGCUUCCAGCGCCGUCGCGACGGCCGCCGCAGGAUCGGCCGUGCUGGGGGACGCGCACCCCCUCGCCGCCCACCACCAUCACCACCACCACCCCCACCACGCUUUGUACGUGCAGGGCUCGACGCACUCCAGCGGCGGCUCGGUCAGCUCGGCGGGGGGAGCGUCGCCCACGAGCCCCUUGCGGCCGGGCAAGGAAGAGGACUGUAGUCUGCACGGGAGGAGUAGUACCGAAGAUCCUCAACAAGGUGUUGAAGAUGACGAUUCCCAAGAUGCGGCCAGUUCCAGGGCACAGUACGUUUCGGCGAAUUGUGUCGUCUUUACCCAUUAUCAGGGAGACGCGGCAUCUGUGGUGGAUGAACACUUUAACAGGGCCUUAGAUAAAUCGGCAACGCAUACUAAAGAAAGCUCGCCGAUGACAGCUCGAAAUUUCCCCGCCUCCUUCUGGAACAGUCAGCACUACGCGGGGGCCAGCGCUAGUCACCACGGAGCAUCGGCGGCAGAUCUCUACUCGGAACAUUACCACCCGGGUGAUGCGUGGUACCAGUAUAGUCAGCACCAUCGAGCGGUCCACGAUUACCAUCACCACAACAUGGCCGCGCAGUACGGCGGUCUACUGUUGCCUGGAUCGCGAUUACACAUGAGUUCUCACGCACCUUGCAAAGCCAUGGACUGGCAGCAUCCGUCGAUAGAGUCGCCGUACUCAUCGUAUCCUACUAUGUCAGGUUUGGAAGCUCAAGUCCAGGACUCCUCGAAAGACUUGUACUGGUUUUGAAACGGACUGUUCGACGGCGCUGUGUAUUAUAGUUAGUUUCUAAGUGACGCAAAGUGAUAAUUCUAAGUGUAAUAUAAAUAAAUAAAAAAGAAGUACAAACUCACUAAACGUAUGACAAGUGUCGAUGGACGAUUCGUCACGAACGGACUGCCGACAUUUAUUUUAAAUAAAUGUUCCUUAUUUUUGUCAGAUCGAUCAUUGUUUAAAUGACUUCAAGUCUGAUUGUAAGUAUUAAAGUUACGAGUUAAUAUUUAUAAA